CGCCGGUUGAGGCUGUUGAAGUAACACUACACUUCCAAGGUGGUUUCCUAUCAAAUAUGGAUAAGCCUCUAUUCGUAAAAGUAGUUAUAGACUUUCUUGAAGAUAUGCGCACACAUCUCAAGGAUGGCGUUCAAGUAGAUAUUAGUCAGGAGUCAAUAGUUUUGUCAUUUGAGAUUGUGGGUCCCAAUAAAGUGGACGUUGCUUUCCACUUAGAAGAAUUAUCUCGCAUGCAGAAGUUGAACAUUCUUGGCUACUUGGCUGAUGCGGCAACAUCACGUUUUAUACAUCGCAUCACUUCCAGCACUGUUCAUAAUCGGAUUAUUGCUUUAGAGCAGCGCGAGAUAUAUACGGAGCUUAAAACUCCGAUAUUUCAAUCGGCGAUUCUUAUUUUGGCUGCUGCAAGUGCUUUCAUUAUCAGUAGUCUAGUCAUUCUGCUGGUUCUUUAUCGUAAGAAGAUGAAGAUGAAAAAUUUUACAGAUACGAUAUCCGUAGAUUAUCACUUGCUGGCUUACAAAAAGCAAUCAGUCUAUAUUAUUUCAGGUAUGGAAAACAAAGAUAAGGAAAAGGAAGCGGUUAUGAGUCACCAAUUUAUCACUAGAACAUCUGAGAUCAUUGGCUGAGCAUAGUCGAAUUUUAUGAGAUUAUGUCAAGAUUUUGUGUAAUUUUUUUUUGUA